GUUUGUUAUAACCUCGAAGGACAUGCGGUUAUCUUAAGCAAGCAGUUCUCUUCUUCUUCUCUUCCCAGGCUAGUCCUUGGUGCUUUAAAUCUUCACGUUCUUUGCAUUCCAUUCUUUUAUUUUUAUUUUAUUUUUUUAUAUAUCAUAAUGUGGCCGUCACUACAAACAGCAGGUCUCUUGAGCUUGCUGGCAGGCGCAACGGGCGCCAUACAAGUCGACUUCAACAGCGAUGACUCGAUAAAAGAUGCGGCGAGCACCGUGGCCUUCGGUUUGUUGAAAUAUUACACAGGUAACAACACGGGUGAUGUUCCGGGCAACUUGCCUGAUCCAUAUUUCUGGUGGGAGGCGGGCUCCAUGUUCGGCACACUUAUCGACUAUUGGUUUCACACGGGGGACUCGACGUACAACGCCGUGACGACGCAAGGGAUGCUGCACCAAGCCGGCGAAGACAGCGACUACAUGCCGCAGAACCAGACCAGCACCUUGGGGAACGACGACCAAGGGUUCUGGGCCAUGGCCGCCAUGUCCGCGGCCGAGAACAACUUCCCGAACCCGCCGGCGGACCAGCCGCAGUGGCUGGCGCUCGUGCAGGCCGUCUUCAACGAGUACGUGGACCGGUGGGACACGGAGACGUGCGGCGGCGGCCUGCGGUGGCAGAUCUUCACCUUCAACAACGGCUUCAACUACAAGAACUCCAUCUCCAACGGCUGCUUCUUCAACAUCGCCUCCCGCCUCGCCCGCUACACGGGCAACCAGACGUACGCCGACUGGGCCGAGAAGGUGUGGGACUGGAUGACCGAAGUAAAGUACAUCGACGCCGACUUCAACAUCUUCGACGGCGCCGGCGUCGAGCAGGACUGCAAGGACAUCAACCAGGCGCAGUGGACCUACAACGCCGGCAUUUUUCUACAAGGCGCCGCCGCCAUGUACAACUUCACCGAAGGGCAGUCGAACUGGGAGCAGCGCACCGCGGGCCUCCUGAACCGGACGAUAUCCUUCUUCUUCGACGACGGCAUCGUCGUCGAGCGGCCCUGCGAGUCCUUCAACUUCUGCGACUUCGACCAGCAGUCCUUCAAGGGCUACCUGCUGCGGUGGAUGGCCUCGACCGCGCAGCUGGCCCCUUUUACCUUCGACACCGCCAUGCCCCUCAUCAAGUCCAGCGCCGCCGCCGCCGCCCAGCAGUGCUCGGGGUCCCCCGCCGCCAACGAGUUCAAGGGGGUCGCCGGCACGGCGUGCGGGUUCAAGUGGACGGAGAAGGACAAGUUCGACGGCCUCGUCGGCGUCGGCGAGCAGAUGAGCGCGCUGUCCGCGCUGCAGUACUCGCUGAUCAAAAAAGAGACGGCCGCGCCGCUGACGGCGGACACGGGCGGCACCUCGGUCGGCAACCCGGACGCGGGCCGCCAGAUGGCCGAGUACAUGCCGAAGCCGCUGCGCGAGAUCUCGAUAGGCGAAAAAGUGGCGGCGGGCUUCGUGACGACGGCCGUCGCGUUUAGUGUCGUGGGCGCCGUGGUUUUUCUUCUGCAUGAGACGUGAAAAGCAAACAUGAACAACAACAACAAUAACAGAAGAAAUAAGAGAAAUAAGAGAUGUAUAAGAUAAGAUAGACGUCACUGAUAUCAAUAAUGAACGACGAAAUGAGAACAACAUCAAUAUCCUGCGGAGCUUCUGUGAAACAUCUAACCUAUGUUUGUAUGUAUGUAUGUAUGUACUAGGUUAGAUACCUAGGUAAGGUAGGUAGGUACCUACUAGGUAGGCAGAGGCAUCAUAUGAGGUUCAAAUACAUGUACAUCUAUAAUAGAUAGGUACCUAGGGAACUUAUCUGGGCG